CGAGUGAUUUUAUCUUCCUAAUUCAUAUUUCGUUCUUGGUCCGCCAUCUGAUCGGGUUAAUCCCAUCAUUGGUGCUUUCAUUGAGAGUUAUACUGUGAGAUAAGGCUGUGAGAUUAUGGCCGGACGAAGGACGAGACGUAACCCUGCUACUUCUGCCCAGUCGACGGUGAGGAGUGACAACCCUGAGCAGGGUAUGAUUGUUCCUGUCAAUGGGUUGGAAACAGCGCUAAAUAAUGUGGCUAACAUGAUGGCAAACAUUAUGGAGCGAUUGGAUAAGGCUCUUCCAGGUCCAUCCGGAACCCGGGAUAUCCCACCCGGGCAACCCCGCCAGGUCCUGCGUACUGCGAGUUCUCCUAUCCUACAGGAGCUCCACGAUCCGGAGGAGGUUGAAAGGGAAAGGCGAGCCAUUGACAGACGCCGGGCGGAGGAAUUGGCCCGGAACAACAAGGUGAACGAAGGCCAGGCUAAGGAUCCAAGUCGGAUCUUCGGCGAUGGACACGAAAACCCGCGGGGAUCUGUCUUUGAAAGGAUAUCUCGCCAGAAAGCUCACGUUAGUGAGAGGCUGGGGAAGAAUCCGGAAAAGGCACCCCAGGGUUGGAUACGACCUCAGGCCAGCCAGGUGGCAUCCUCCAAUCGCGAACCCCGGCAGCGAAAUGACCGAGGCGUGAGCCAAGUGCCGGUCCGGUCAUUACGGAAUUUAGAGGAGGACGAGGUUCAAAGCCAAGCCAGGGUCCCAGCGCCACGGCGUCUGGGACCGCCGGUGCCGGAAGCUGGUGAAUUUCAAGACCUGAGACAGCAGAUCCAGGAGAUGCAGAGGAAGAUAAACAAGGGUCGAGUAUUCACAACUCGAACGAAUACUCCCUUGGCUCCAGAGAUCUUUGCGGAACCAUAUCCGCAGGGAUUCAAAAUGCCAUUUGUCAAGCGUUAUGACGGCGAAUCAGACCCCCAAGAGCACAUAAAUAGCUAUGUCCAAGUGAUGAUCGCCGUGGACGCCAGUGACGCACUCAUGUGUCGGUGCUUCUUGCAGACCGUUGAUAGCAAGGUUGCAGACUGGGUCAACCAUAUCCCUGCCGGAUCAGUCCGAACAUGGGAUGAAUUGGGACUGCGGUUCCUAGAGCAUUUUGCUGGGAACUGCCGCCCCAAAAAGCAUUUCACUCACUUGGCAUCAGUGCGACAGAAGCAUGGAGAAUCCUUGAAGAAUUUCCUUAUCCGAUGGAGGAAAGAGUCCAUGGAGGUUGAAGGAACUGAUGAUAAGUCCAGGUUGGCUAUGUUCACGGCGGCAUUACAGGAUGGACUCCUUCACACCGAUCCCACUACUCAUCCCCCGGAUACCUUCGAAGAAGCGAUGGUCCGGGCAGGGAGGUAUGUGACCCUGGAAGAAAGAAAGGAGGAGAAGAAAGAGAAGACUCCUAAAGAAGAAGAGAAGUCGGGAACUAAGAAGCCGUUUAAGAAUAAAAAGCAGGGCUUCCCGGAUGGCCCAAAGGGCGCAAGUCCUGGGACCUCGGAGAAGCAUAAAUCCGCCAAUCCAGUCUUUACACUGCCAGUGGCUGAGGUCAUGGCCCAUGCAGCACAGCAGGGGCUCAUGACUUACCCAACCUAUUCUCAGAAGGUUUGCAAUGUGGAAGACAUUGGAAAAUGGUGUGCUUACCAUCGCAAAAAUGAUCACAACACAGAAGAUUGUUAUACUCUGAAGAAUGAAAUGGCAAGGCUGAUCCGCCGGGGUCAUCUGAAGAAGUUUGUACAAGAUGGUGACGUCGGGAAUUCCGGGAAUGCUCAGAAUGGAAAACACAGAGAUAAAGAAAAGAGACACCACGGGUGUAACUUCAUCAUUGGAGGGAAUACUGGUGGGGACUCGGCCACAAGCCGGAAGAAGUGGGCUGACGCGGCAAUGGUCAACAAGGUGCUGGUCCCGGAAGGUAAGAAGUUGAAAACCGAGCCUAUUGUGUUUUCUAAUGCUGAUCUUCCAGAGACAGGGGUCCCUCAUAGGGACGCCCUGGUAAUUACUAUCGAUAUAAUGGACUUACUGAUCCACAAAACCCUUGUGGAUACGGGAAGCUCCGUUAAUAUCAUGUAUAUGGACACAUACAAGGCUCUCGGUUUGACAAGAGAUGAGUUAUCACCCAUCAAGACCCCACUGACCGGGUUUAUUGGUGAUUCUAUUGAACCGGAGGGGGUGAUAACCCUCCCGGUUGAGAUAGGGGAUACUAAGGCUACCCGGAAGCUGGACAUGGAGUUUGUCGUGGUGGGGAUAAUUUCUAGCACGAAUAUUAUCCUGGGCAGACCCGGAUUGGAAGAUUUGGAGUGUGUCAUCUCACCUCGUCACCUCUGCAUAAAAUUCCCAACCCCCCACGGAGUUGGAAUUGCCAGGGGAUCUCAGAGAGUAUCCCGGGCAUGGUAUUUGAAGGCAACCAAACAGCCCAUCAAAUACGAUACCCAAGUGGGAGAGGCUCAUCGGAUCGUUGUGCUCACUAAUGAGCCUUUGGCGUCACUUACCCGAAGCCCAGCGGCGUCUGCCCGGAUGACUAAAUGGGCAGUCUUCAUCAGUCAGUAUAACGUGGAGUUCAGACCGCUUCCAUCCAUCAAGGGACAGGCACUCGCUGACUUCCAAGUUGAGUGCACUGCUAGGGAGGUAACCAGGAACCAGGUUGAAACUCGAGAGGAGAAGGAUUGGUGGAUAAUGAGCAUCGAUGGAUCUUCUGGGUCUCGAUCUUGCGGAGCAGGUAUCGUCUUGAUCACCCCAGAAAAUUUCUGGAUUUAUUACGCUAUCAGAUUUCAAUUCCGUGUAUCCAACAAUGAAGCUGAGUAUGAGGCCCUGAUCAAUGGUUUGAAAAUUCUGCAGGCUGAUGUUCUCUCCAAGCUCAGCGCAGAGUCACCAGAAUACAUAAGCAGGUUAGCAGCUGUUGAAGAGCUGGUAACCCCGAGUCUUAGCGACGGUGAAGUGAUCUGGGUAUCAGCUGAUCCCCCGGAAUGGCUGGACCGAUUGGCCAAAUAUAUUGAGGACGGUGAAGCCCCGGAGGAUCCCCAAGAAGGGCGUCUAUUACGAAUGAGGGCACCAACCUACAAGGUGCAGGACGGAAUCCUCUAUAAGCGGUCAUAUAACGGUGUUCUCCUCCGUUGCCUCAGAGCAGCAGAGGCGAAGGCAUUGAUGGAAGAAAUACAUGAAGGAGUAUGUGCUGCACAUCAGGGUCCUUACUCCAUUUCCAGAAUGGCUAUUAUCCAGGGGUAUUUCUGGCCAACGAUGAGGAAGGAUUGUGAAGAAUAUGGAAUCGAUAUUGUCGGAGCCCUGCCAAAAGGAGCAGGGCAGGCAAGGUGGAUUGUGGUCGCAAUAGACUAUUUCACAAAGUGGGUAGAGGCUGAGCCACUUGCGGGGAUCACCGGAAGGCAGAUGAUCGACUUCGUCGGAACCAAUAUACUCUGCAGGUUUGGGGUCCCGAAGCAGAUCAUAUCAGAUAAUGGAACCCAGUUUGAGGAAGCAGAAUUUCAAGACUUCCUCAAAACUUGGGGAAUUCAGCACACGAAGGGGGCUGCUCCCUUCGUUGGAAGAACAUUGUUGGAAGGAUUCAGCAGGUUUGGAGGAGCAGUCCGGCUUUCACAUGAAGGUUCCGCCUCAACAGUUGGUGGAGGACGUCCAAGUUUAUUCCUGCACAUCCUCUGGUACAAGGCAAAGUCUUGGAGGGUCAUAGAGUCCCAGUCUAUCUCCCCGGAGGGAAGCCUAGGUGGACUUGGAGGGGAUGGAGCAGGAAGGCGAGUAAUGGGCCUUAUCCCUGAUCUGACUACGAGGCAAGGCGGAUCAACGCUUCAGGAAUUCAAAGGAAUGAAUUCGCUGGCCCUUGCUUCCCUGCCUGAACCAGAAGAGAACCUCAAGGCAGGAAGGCAUGGAGAGUGUCCGCCGAAGACGCUUCAUGAGAUUCACAAGAAGCAGGAUGGAACCCCCGGGUUGGAUCUAAAGCCAUCCCCGUGGAUAUCGUCCUGUCAUUCCCGUGAGGGCGCCCACCGGACUGCUGAGGGGAAGGGGAACCCUGGGAAGAAGGCCUCGCGCCGGAAACCAGCUGGGAAGCUCCUGAGUGAGGAUUGCGUCUCUUCUGUGGACGAGAAGUGCCAGGACAGCCAGAAGAGACUUCAGCCCUGACACUGUUAGGAAGCACGCUGGGACCCGGAGGGAUACUCCUCGAGACCUGUUGGGGGAGAUGAGGGUUAUUCUCUUCCCUGGGCAAGGGAGAGGUUACCG